CCGGUUACAUUUUAAUGAUUUUAAGAAAUAUUACAGAAAAUUUGCCUACGUGAAGUUGCAGUGUAAUUAGAGCCGUAAAAUUUUAUCGUAAUCUUUAAAAAUACGAAUUAAUGCCGAUUUAAUGAGAAUUGAUUGAGUUCAAGCAAGUGAAAACAGUGUAAAUAUUUAGGAGACUAAGGAAUACGAAGCUCAACUGAACCUUUACUUUUACAAUUACAAGGGGGUGUGUCAGUUACUGUUUCUUUGGGAACUUUUUUCAGCUAUGAAUUGUAUAAGUCUUUAAAUGUUAUUUAUGCUCUGUUAUUAUUUUUGUCUCCAGAUUUCUUUCAAAAUUUUUUGAGAUUAACUUAUAACAAUGACAGACUCAAAGUAUUUCACCACCACUAAAAAAGGCAAGUUGCUUCAAAUUUGAACUCUUUCUGCAGUCUGCAUAUCCCCUACAAUAAAUUUGUAUUGUCAAUAUUGUUGUUAAUUAUUAAUAGAUUUUGUUUCAUUAUUAUAUAGUAUAGGCUUUGCCUCUAUAAAUUCUUAAAAUAAAUUUAAUCAACCUAGGUCUCCAUUAGGGGUGUGCCGGAUUCCGGUUCCGCCGGAUUUUGCACUAUCCGGUGAGAUCCGGUUCCGCCGGAUUUACAUGUAUCCGGAACAACAGGAUUCCGGAAUCCGGAAUAUACCGGAUUUCGGAAUUUGCCAGAUUUUGUGACUCACCGGAUCAUAAUCUGAAAUAAAAGUAAUUCUCUUUCCCGAAUUCCACACGAUCACGAUACAUUAAUCGAUUGUUUUGAGCGUUGAGCUUGUUUAAUGUUUAAUAUUCCGUACAUACCAGAGGCUAGAGUCAGCACCGCUAAUAGUGGCCAAUAGUGUAGGGACUUUGAUUAGAAAAUUUAAACUUUUUGUAAAAAUAAACCAAUGGCAUUGUUGAAAAGAUGUAAUUUUUUAAAGAAUUAUAACACCAAAAUCAUAUAUUUAGCUGUUGUAGUUUUAAAGUUAUGAAUUUUUAAAGUACGACUUGGUUUGUCAUUUUUUAACAUGGACUGCAUCUCCACAUUCUGUGAUCUCAUUCCGCCAAUCCCGUCAUGCGCAAUGACUAUAUAGUUUAUAUAAGGCAACGCAUUCCCUGCCUUAUCACUAAAAUACUGUUUAGACUUAGUUUAAACUUUCAACUUUGGCACAUGAAUAAUUAAUUAAAGCUUUCCCUGACCAAUGGUUUAAUAGUUUUUGCACACGGCAAACUCUUAUGAAUGAAACUCUGAGGUAGUACUACGAUACAGUUAUGCAAGUGGCUGUGAAUGGUUGCCAAUGACAACGUGUUGCACACGGUAAAUUCUGAUCAUUUAUAAUAUGGAUUCUACCGGGUUGUUAAAGCUCAAAUUAAAACAUUCCAGUUUAAAUGUCUUUAAAUGCAUUCUGAAACACAAGUUAUCAAUUAUUUUGAUGUAAAUAGUGAUAAUAAAUUAAUAUUUCCUAAGUAUCGUCAACUUCCGCCAUUAAAAAGGGGGGCGUGGCCAACCCCAUGGCGAAAUUAGGUUGAGCGAGCUGCAUAACCUGCUGCGAACGCGUAGAAACAUGGCGUCUCUCGUAAGACACUUAUCCAAAUGGAACGGAACUCAAAUAUAUAUCGAAAGUACUAAUUUAAUAAUAAAUAGACACACACAUCGGAAAAUUAAAAACUCGGAUUUUUUGGCGCCGAUUGCGAAUUCCCAUACACAAAAAGUAGUAGUCCACCUUGACUUACCGAAGUAUCUACCAAUAGUACCAAAAUCCGGAAUCCGGGAGAAACCGGAAUCCGGAUCCGGCGGAUUUCGCAUAAGAAAAUCCGGAUCCGGUUGGAAAAAACGGAUCCGGCACACCCCUAGUCUCCAUCUUAAUUUAAUUUUACAUAAUAGGCUAUAACCUACUCCAUAAUCUUUAAGUUAAUAAUAUCAUCAGCGAAUUGAUUAGAAAAAUAAAAAUGCUAAACAAUUUCCAGUUUUUUUAAAUUGGACAGUAAAAAAAGGAGACCCUAAAAACUAACUAAACUUUCUUUUAAGAUUAUGAUUAGUUUAUAUUCUCUGUCUUUACCACUCACCUUUUUUUAGACAGCCUAAAAAUGAUUAUUUUAUAUAGGUGAGAUAUUUGAGUUAAAAGCUGAACUAAACAGUGACAAGAAGGAGAAGAAAAAGGAAGCAGUGAAGAAAGUUAUUGCUAGCAUGACAGUUGGCAAAGAUGUGAGGUGAGAAUACAUUUCUCCAAAUGCAAAUUCAUAUAUUUUAAUUGUCAGUAAAAUAAAAGUUGUCACCAUUUUUCUGGCUCUGUGCAAAUGAUUUAUUUUCUUUUUUAUUUUAAACACUAUGCAUGUUAUGGAUGAAGUAAAAUUAAAAUUCAGAAAUAUUUAUUUUCAGUGCUCUAUUUGCUGAUGUUGUGAACUGUAUGCAGACUGACAACCUCGAAUUGAAGAAAUUAGUUUACCUGUACUUGAUGAAUUAUGCUAAGACUCAGCCUGAUGUUGCCAUUAUUUCUGUUAAUACAUUUGUCAGGGUAAGAUUUGUUUAUAUGUAUUUAUAAAACAUGUUAUAAAAUGAUGAUUUUUUUUAGAUGUUUACAGCAGACAAUAACAUACAAUUUUUCAAAUGACAUGUUGAGGUUAAAACUAUUUCAGAUUUGAGCAACAUUUUGUCAACACGAUUAUAGCUUUACCACCAUAUUAAUGUAUCAUAUUAGAUUUGUGGAAGCAGACAUUGCACAAGAGCUUCUGUGUAUACAUAGUUGUAAAAAGUAGCCAGUCUGUAUUUCAUUAAAAAAGAAAAUUGAUCAGUUAAAUUUUUAUACAUUUUCUAAGUUUGUAACCAUAGUUAAAUUAUUAUUUAUUUUAGUCAAUAUACAUUAAGAGACUACUUAUCUGUAAUUAAAUUAAUUCAGUUGACAGUGUUAAUUUACUCACUUUUCUCCAGAGUUGUUCCAUUCUAGUAUGAUAUUUUAUUUCUUCACAUUGCAGGAUUGUGAAGAUCCAAACCCUCUAAUACGAGCCUUGGCAGUUCGCACUAUGGGUUGCAUCAGAGUGGAUAAGAUCACUGAGUACCUUUGUGAACCUUUGAGGAAAUGUUUAAAAGAUGAAGACCCUUACGUGAGAAAAACAGCAGCUGUCUGUGUGGCAAAGUUGCAUGACAUAAAUGCUCAGCUUGUUGAAGACCAAGGUUUUCUUGAAGCCUUGAAAGAUCUAUUGUCUGACUCCAACCCAAUGGUGAGAUACAUCUGAUGUUAUUUUGAAUUCAUUAAGAAAGAAAAGUUUUGGUGGGGGUGUAUUUUUUCUUUAAAAAAAGGCAAUUUAUUUUCCAUAACUUAUAAAAAAGAUAAUUUACAUCAUGUUUUAUAGAGAUGAUGUAAAAUGUAGAAUACCUGUUGCUAACUAACUUGAAAGAACCUAUAUUUAAAAAGAAUUAUUAUUUUAGGUUGUUGCCAAUGCUGUAGCUGCAAUCUCUGAGAUCCUGGAGACAUCUUCAAAUCCUCAGCCAAGUCUUGAGAUGAAUUCAGGAACAAUUAACAAGCUUUUGACAGCUCUCAAUGAAUGCACUGAGUAUAUCCUCAUAUUUAUUACAUAUCCCUUAAUCCAGGGGCUCUUAACCUUUUUUGUUCCUUGAGCCCGUUUGCCAGCUGCCAUUCAGAUGGAGGUGAUGGAUCCCUUAUUAGAAUAAAUUUUCAUAUGUAUGAAAUAAGAUUAUAAAGAAAAUACACCUCACAGACUCUCUGACUCCUUUCAUAGACACUUCCCCUGGGGGUUUUUGGACCACGGGUUAAGAACCCCUGCCUUAAACCCUUAUCUGAUUAAAUAUUUUUUAUUAAAAUUAAAAUGUUUUUCAAUUUGUUUUUGAUAAGCUUGUUAUAACUUUUCCUUUUGAGUUUUAGUUCAUUUUUAAAGCCUUAUUUCUCUUUUAAUAUACAAUUUUAUUCAUAAUGUAAAACUGUAUGUUGAUUAAGUCAUUAACAGACUUUAAAAAGGAAUUCUUAUAAGUUAAAACAGCUACUUUAUUAUUUACCUUUUUCUAAUUGUAAUAUUUUAAAAUUUUAUUUUGCCCUCUUAGGUGGGGUCAAGUAUUCAUUUUGGAUUCAAUCUCCAACUACACACCUAAAGAUGAAAAAGAAGCUCAAAGGUAAGGUUUAAUAUUUAACCUAAAAUCUUACUUUAUGCCGAAAAGAUUUUUUAAAUUGGCACAUUAUGGUCUACAUGAAAUAUUUCUGGUUCAUCUCUAAAAGAUCAGAGCCCCAACCGUUAGAAAAAGACACUCAACAUGACACAGACCUGUUUACUCUUACGAUUUUGGCGUACAAUGUACGAUUUUGAGGUGUAUACAUUGUAUAUACUGUGUGUUUAUUUUUUUACUAUCAAGGUAAUAUAUGGAAAGAUUUUGUGAUGUUGUACGAUUUUAAGAGUUUGCUGGUAAACAGGUCUGAUGACAUGAUAACUUGAAUGGCAAGAGACAUGCUUUAUAAUUUAAAUAAGACAUUUAUUAGUUUAGUGCCGUGGUCGGCAAACUCUUGAGUCAAUAGACCCAAAAAUCAGCAGCAAGACGAUUACAUUUUUGAGAGCCAAAUUUCUUGUCAAGAACCAUGUUUUUCAAAGUCAAAACUGAUUUUUGGCCGACUGGCAGAGCCGCACUCAAGUUGUUAAAGAGCUGCAUGGGGCUCGGGAGCCGCGGUUUGCAGACUACUGUUUUAGUGUAACUGCUUUGUAGAGCUCAUUAUUGUAUGAUGUUUAUUUCUAAUAAUUGUAAAAAUUGUGAAUAUUUCUGUCAAUAAGUUUAUUGUGGACUUCACCAAUCUACUUCCCACUGAUGAUAUGGGUGAAUGCAAUUAAAGAUUACUUGCGGUAUGAAAUGAUCAUCUACAUUGAAUAUUAUGACUCACAUUUGUCAACAUGUGACUUUCAAGCUUUAGUUUAUUUUCUUUAUCCGUUACCCAAAAAAAGCUUUUGAUUGCAAGAGGGAAUAAAAGAAAUGAACGGAGGACUACUGGGUUGAUUUUGCAUGGACUAUUGCAAUGCUCUUAUGGUGGGUCUUCCAGCUACGCUCCUGGAUAAAAUUCAAAUAGCGCAGAAUAAUGCGGCUUGCAUUGUUCUCCGCAAACGCAAGUUUGACCAUGCAAAAACACUUCUGAGAGAGCUGCACUGGCUGCCAGUGCGUGCUCGCAUGGAGUACAAAAUCGCAACUUUGUGCUACCGCUGCUUACAUGACCUGGCGCCGUCCUAUCUGAAAGAGCUGCUGACGCCUUAUGUACCCACUAGAGAGCUCCGCUCAUCCGAUAGUGGCAAACUCUCGACACCACGUGUUUGCCUUGAGACUUACGGAAAGCGCACUUUCGCAUUUGCUGGUCCACUAAUUUGGAAUGCCCUUCCUGUCGAUCUCAGAAACAACCAGACACUGGAGUCCUUUAAAACCGAUUUAAAGACACAUCUAUUUCGCAAACACCUUCUGGGAUGAUUGUCAACAUUAUUUUCCAGUUAAUGCAUAAUGGCUGUGUUGCUUAUGGUUGAAAUGGCUAGAAAGACUUUGCCAUUGUAUGCUUGUACUUAGUUUUUGUCGUGUUGCGUUUGUUUUAAAUGUGGUAAACUAUAGAUUUGUUUUUUGUUGACUUUGUACCGCGCUUCGAGCCUUUGGGGAUGAAGCGUGUUUUUGAAAUGAACUUUAUUAUUAUUAUUAUUAUUAUUAUUGAUGGGUAUUUGUAAAAGUUUAAGCACUUAAACAUUUUCUUCUUCUUCAUAUUUUGUACAAAAAUUUCUUCAUUUUCUUUUUCUGAACAGCAUUUGUGAAAGAGUGACACCGCGUCUUGCUCAUGCUAAUGCUGCUGUUGUUCUGUCCGCUGUCAAGGUUAGUUUUGGUAAUAUAAAAUCUUUGGCAUAAUAUUCUUUUCUUGUCAGUUAAAAAAAAAACAUAGGCUAUUAAUCCAACUGAUGGUAACAAACAAUUAUAUAUAAAAGUAUUUUAAAAACUAAAAAUAUAGUGCAGGAACUUAAAAAAAUACAAAGAAGGCAUUAAUUUCAAAGCAAAUUAAAAAGUAAUGCGAGAAAUCCCACUAAAACAAAUUUUUUUUACAAUUUAUGAACCCAAAUAAACUUUCUGAUAAGUUGUGCAUUAAAACUAAAUGAGUUUUUCAUGAAGUCUGGUAGCUGUAACAUUAACAAUGUGUUUGUUUUUUAAUUUGAAAAUAACAAAAACUUUUUUAUAAUCACCAAAUCAUUAUUUUUUAGUUAUUUUCAAUAAGCCCUGCAUUUCCUUAAAAAAAUAAAAACUUAUUUUUGUUGCCAACACCAACAAAAUGACCAAAUCUUGAACUUACUAUAGAUCAAGUGUCAGCUGUGAGGGAGAAUUCAUAUUUUAAACAAUUACAUAAAGAUCAAUCAGCUUGCAUGCCUUGCAGAAACAACACUUUGCUUUGAAAAGCUUGCCAUACAGCUUAUGUAUUUUCACUCCAAACCAACCUUUCUGUGAUAUUGGUAUCUAUAUUUUAACUCUGACAUCAGAAUUUUCUUGCUGUGUUUUAGGUUAUCAUGAAGUACAUGGAAGUACUGGACAUACAUGGUGACUACGUGACCAUGUUAGUUAAAAAGCUGUCCCCACCACUUGUCACUCUCCUCUCUGCAGAGCCUGAGAUACAAUAUGUAGCCCUGAGGAAUAUCAACUUAAUUGUGCAGAAGAGGUGUGUAAACCUUGGUGAUUAAGAUUUAGUGCAGCAAAAAAACAAACAAAAGCAUGGGAAUGUUAUAAAGAAGUUAGCUUGUAUCCACCAUAUAAAAAAAUAUUUGUACAUUUUUAAAAUAGAAAUGCUUAUUCACUUUUUGACCAUUAUAGAUAGAUAGAUGUAGAUGAGAUAUAUAGAUGUAUAUGUUUUUAUAUGCUCAUCAGUCUUGCAAUUAAUUUUGUAAAAAUACAAAAUAACCAAGAAUUUUGUGUGAAAAAUUGUAAUUUGUUAAUAUAAUUUACAGGUCGGAUAUCUUGAAGACUGAGAUGAAAGUAUUCUUUGUUAAAUACAAUGAUCCUAUUUAUGUAAAACUUGAAAAGCUUGACAUUAUGAUUCGACUCACCAAUCAAGCCAACAUAGCUCAAGUUUUAGCUGAAUUGAAAGAGUAAGUUUGGUUUAAGGGCAUGUACUUUUUAUAAAAAAUAUAUUUGUUAAACAUUUGGUAAUUUAAGAUCAGAAACUUUUAAAAGGUCAUUUGCAGUCCCAGAAAAACAUUCUUUUGUCAUGUGAUGUUUAUAUGUGGACUGUGUUAUUACUUGGGUGAUCCCCAACUUAUAUUAUGUUAAAUCAUUUCAGAAAAUUGUAUAAUUCACCAAUAUCAGAAGUUUCAAAAGUUCUGUUUUAAGUAUAAUAAAAAAUAUUUUUUUGUGAUAGCCACUGUGUAGACUAAAGUUCAGAACCCAACAAAGUUAUUGAAAUGUUAAUAAUAACCGUACAUCACUCAGAUAUGCUACUGAAGUUGACGUGGACUUUGUUCGAAAAUCAGUGCGUGCUAUUGGAAGGUGUGCCAUAAAAGUAGAACAAGCAGCCGAACGCUGCGUUAGCACUCUUCUUGACCUCAUUCAGACUAAAGUCAACUAUGUUGUACAAGAGGCUAUUGUGGUUAUCAAGGUAUUUAAUAGUUAGCUUACUUUAUUAUUACCUCCUAAUCUGAUCUCAUUAAGAUUUCAAUGAAAACAAUUCAUCAUAUUUGAAACAGGUAUUUUCAUAAAAAUCAGAUUAUUUUUCUAGGGCUCUAUCAUGGCUUUUCAUAUCCAGAAUGGUUUAGUUUUCACAUUGAUUGCCUUGUAAUAAUUUUGUACAAUAGAAAUGAAGUCCACAUUUUUCUGAUAUGCACAAACCAUUUAAAAGAUAAGCCUCUGAUGUGCAAUAUUGAGAAUUUUGCAAAAAACAUACUUACACAUUAUAAGACACACUCACAGACAUAUAAACUAGCAAGGUCAAACAAAAUAUGCAUGAUCCAGUUGUCUUUUACCUUCCCUUCACAGGAUAUCUUCAGGAAGUACCCCAACAAGUAUGAGAGCAUUAUUGCUACACUGUGUGAGAAUCUUGAUACUCUUGAUGAGCCAGAGGCCAGGUAAAGGAACAAUUUUAUUCAGAAGGAAUGCAAAAUACUUCAGAAAUUGUAUGAAAUUUAUAUGUUUUUCAGCUAAGCGUUGUUUGGCACUGUUAACGUUAAGUGAAAUUUGUAAAAAAUGUUGGCAUGCAUUUUGUUUCAUAAUGAAAUCAAUUUACUUCCCAGAGCCUCCAUGAUUUGGAUUAUUGGUGAAUAUGCUGAAAGAAUUGACAAUGCUGAUGAACUAUUAGAAAGUUUCUUGGAAGGUUUCCAAGAUGAGAACACACAGGUCUGUUAUAAUAUAAUUAUAACAAUAAGUCAAAACUCUUGUGUUUUGUUUUUAAAAUGUUAUAUUUACACAAUUACUGAAACUCAUUGCGCCUUUUGUAAAACAUUUUGUGCAGGUUCAGCUCCAACUCUUGACAGCUAUUGUCAAGCUGUUUUUGAAGAGACCUACAGACACACAAGAAUUAGUGCAGCAAGUGCUCUCACUAGCCACACAGGUAAACUUUCAAAUGAUUUUGAAAUAUGGUGAACAGAAAUUCAGUUACCACUUGUAAUGUCAAUUUCAUGUUACAUGCCCACUCAAAAAAUAUCACAUGAAUUGUGGCAACGUAUUCUCACAUUCUGUGCUUAUUUUAAACAAAGCAAUAUACAAUAUAAUUAGUAUCAUCCAAGGAAGUGAAGAAUUCAUGUAUAAAGAUGCUUUUAAAUUUAAAAUUACGAUAAGUGACCGAAAUUAAUUAUACUUUCAUUAUUUUAACGAGAAGAAUGACAAGAUUCUAUCAAAUUCAGAAAAACAUUAAGCUGAGACUAUACAAACUUAUUUUUUGAGGAAAAAUUUCGUGCAAAUCUUUUUUUUUUUAAAUGUCUGAUUUUUUUAAAACAUAUUUUUUGUUCAGUUUUGUUCUUAUUUUUAAAAAAUCUGUUUGUUUGUUUUAGGUUUUCAAAUUAAAGAAAAGUAAAGCGGUACAAACCCUAACUGAAACAUUAAUUUCAAAUUGAAGAACUACACAACCCUGAUUUCUGUAUUUUUUAGGCUGUAACGUUGAAUGACAUCUUGAUUUUCUCAAUGUAGGACAGUGAUAACCCUGAUCUGCGUGACCGUGGUUACAUUUACUGGCGUCUGCUUUCAACUGACCCUGCUGCAGCUAAAGAAGUGGUUCUUGCUGAGAAACCCCUCAUCUCAGAAGAGACUGAUCUUAUUGAACCAACAUUGUUAGAUGAACUCAUUUGCCACAUUGCCAGUUUGGCUUCUGUCUACCACAAGCCUCCAAAUGCUUUUGUGGAGGGUCGUGGCGUUUUGAGACGCUCUUUGCCUCGUAACCAAUCGUAAGUCUUUUAAAAGUAGUCAACUGUGUAGUCAAACCGUUUAAGGAAUCAAAUAAUAAUAAUAAUAAUAAUAAUAAGUGGUCUUAUAUAGCGCGGUACCCCGGCCUAGGGCUGGGCUCACCGCGCUGUACAUAUAUAGCAAAGAGGCAUAAUCAUAAUAUUAAAAUAAAAUACAUAAAUGAAAUAAAAACAACAUAUAAGCAAAACAACACCAUAGGUAUAUUCAUCCACCCACACCAGACAUUUUUACAAGGAAACCCAUGUACGUUUAUCGGUUUAUAGGAGGAGAAUCAGUCAGAGUAGUAUAGUUUAAAUAGAUGUGUUUUGAGUGCAGUUUUGAAGGCCUGUGUGGUUGUUAUAUUGCGGAUGUGUAGUGGCAAAGAAUUCCAUUGUUUGGGGGCGCAGAAAGAGAAAGAUCGUUCACCAUAUAAUUUAGUGCGUGUCUUGGGAACGGACAGAAUACGCGAGUCUGCGGAGGAGCGAAGUUGUCGAAGGGGUGAAUAGACAGAAAGAAGUUCAGUUAGAUAGGAAGGGCAGGAAUCCGAGAAAAAGUUGUGACAGAGAAGAGACAGCUUGUAGUCAAUGCGUGCCUGUAUAGGGAGCCAAUGUAGUGAGUGGAGUAGUGGAGUGACGUGAUCGCGUUUUUUUGCCUUAAGAACAAGCCUAGCAGCAGAGUUUUGAACUUUCUGCAGUUUUUCUAUAAAAUGUUUCGGUGAACCUGACAGAAGUGAGUUGCAAUAGUCAAGACGAGAGAGAACAAGAGCACAGACUAGAGUUUUUGUUGCGCUAACUGUCAGGUAGUGGCGGAUGGAGCUGAUCUGACGGAUGGCGGUGUAUGCCGAACGACAAAUGUGAGAGAUAUGUUUAUCGAGAGACAUGUUGUUAGAAAGAAUAUAACCAAGAUUCCUAGCAGAGGGUGUAAACUAUUAUUUUAAUGAAUGAGACUAAAAGUUUUUAGAACAAGAAAGUAAAUAUAUUUAUUUUUUUAAUUUGACUGAAAAUGAAAUUAAUUACAAAUGGAGGAUUACACUUGGAGUACCGGUAUGCAUUUAGGUUAUAACUCAAGAUGUAAGUAUGUGAAUUAGAAUUUAAUUAGUGAUUAAUUGAAAGCACUUGUAGGUGCAUCAUUGUGAAUAUAAUAUACAUUUACCUGUAAGUCGAAGGAUUUAACUUCUAUUAUCUAGUGUACCGUUGUUUUCUUUCCAGUGGCGAUGCUGCAGCCGGUGAAUCGGUCAUUGAGACACAUGCUCCAGCUGUUCAACAAUCAACGGUCAUUCCAGGGGUUGAUUCUCUCAUUGGCGAUUUGCUAGACAUGGACAUUGGAGGUCCCACCUCUUACCAACAGCAACAGAUGAUGAAUCAGAUGCCGAUUUCGGCCCCUCCACCAGCAGGAGGUGUAGACUUAUUAGGAGAGGGACUUGAUACUUUGGUGAGGACCAACAUGCAUUUUUCCUGAUCGUUUUAAUUGUGAGAUUGUAAAAAUUUUAUAAAAUGAAAGAUGUGUCUUGAUAUUUGACAUUGAGGUAUUGUUGAUACCGACAAAAAUAAUUUAUGGCAUGGACUAAAAUUUUUUUUAUUGUCCCAUUUAAUUAAUUGAAAUACUUACAAUUUAUAUCUCAACAGCUUGGUGGUGGUGGAGGUGGGAUGGAUACGCUUGGUGGUCUUAGUGAUAUAUUUGGAAUAACAGUGCAAUCGUCAUUCUACACUCCACCUCAAGAGGUAAGUAUAUUUUAGGUUAAAAAAUGAGCAUGAAGCUACUAGUAUCUAACUAAACAGCUAUAUGAAUUUUUAUUAUUAAAAGAAAAAUUAUUGUAUGAAAAAAAGGAAAUGAUGAUGAUUGAAAUUUGUAUUUUGUUUUAUCAUCAUAAAUAGUUUACUACUAAUACUACUGAUGUUAUAAAUAACGUACCGUACUUAAACACAUUAAACAGAUACUAGCAUUAGUGCUUGUAAUGACAGAUAGAAUUUUAAAGUAUCAUUUAAUGAGUAAAUUCAUAUUAUUUAAAAAAUAAAAUACCAAAACAUAACCUUUUGUUUUAGCAUAAGCCAAUUGUGGAACAAUUUAUGUGAAGGCUUGAAAUGAAAAGAUAGGACAAAUGAAGCUUAACCACAUUGCUGAGCCCUAAACAUGUUUGUGUAUUAUUGACUGAUUGUUUAACUAUGGUUUAACUAAAAACAAGAAACUUAUUUCUAGGUUUGGUUGACAGCAGCUAAGGGAAAAGGAAUGGAGAUAACUGGAACAUAUACCAGAAGGAACAAACAGAUUUACAUGGAGCUUACAUUCACCAACAAGGCCAUGCAGCCCAUGUUAGGAUUUGCUAUACAAUUUAACAAAAACAGGUAACAUUUAGCAAUCUAUUUCAAGCUUUACCAAAUAUCUGUAACUAUAUUGUUAUUUCAUUUGGUAUGUGAUUGAAAAAUAUCAAUCAAAUUAUACAAUCAAAUCAAAUAUCUUAUUAAAAUUCAUUAAAAUGGUUGGAAGUGGAAAUUUUUUUUACAUUCAUUGCCCUUUGUAUGCAUUGGAAAACAUGUCAAAUAAAAACAAAUAACUUUUUCUAUCAGCUUCGGUAUACAACCCGCAAGCCCUCUUCAACUCCAGUCACCACUGCCUCCCAACCAGAGUGCAAGCACAUCCCUGCCUCUAAACACACAAGGACAAAUUCAAAAGAUGGAGCCACUUACAAAUCUACAGGUAGUGUAUGUUUUAUCAUUAAUACAUUUGGAUGUCACAAUUUUAUUCCAGAAUGUGGUAUUCAAUCUAAAAAAUAGCUAUCAUAUCUUCUUAAUUUAUUUAAUGAAGAAUAUUAUUGUAGCUAAUUUGAUAUAAAUUAUCCUUUACUUCUAUUACAUGUAUGUUAAUACCAAACCUAUUGAUCUGUUAUUCUCUCUUAUUUUUCACCAGUGAAAAUCAAAGACAUUAUUUAUUGUUAUCUUAUUACAGUGAUGCAUAGCUUGAAGAAACUUUAAAAUUAUUUUAUGUAUUUAAGAAUUUAAUUUGAAAUAAUGUUGUUUUGGUAUAUCAUGCUCUUAGAAAGUCUUUGUUUAUAAGUUUGUCUUAUAAGAAAGUACCCUUUCAGUUACAUAUAUUAAUAACCUAUUUCCCAAAAAGACUACUUUUUAUUCACUUACAAUUCAUCCUUCUCUGUUACAUUAUCCAUUAGUAUUUUACUUGCAUUAGAUUUUCCACUUUGAAUUAAAGCUAACAAUGAUUUGAUUAUGAAUUUACUAGGAAAUGAAAAACGUAUAUGUAUUGAGAGAUUUACAUAUUACAAAUCUUGGGGUGAAAAGUAUCUGCCUUUUCUGUGUAGACAGUGUUAAGAUGCAAUAAGUAUUGUUUAUCGAAACCUUAACUAAUUUUAUUAUUAAAAUGUUGAGGACCACAUGGUUUUCAUGUUGUAUGCUGGUCCAAUUUUUUUGUAUGCUGGUCAAAUCUUUCCAAUUUUUUUUUUUUUAAAGUUAAGGUAAAGAUGAUUUUUCUAAAAUGUAAAAUAAAUAUUUGAAUUUGAAUCAUUUAAAACUUUAUAUUAAAAUUCAGGUUGCUAUCAAGAACAACAUUGGAGUAUUUUACUUCAGCUGUCAGAUUCCCAUGCAUGUUCUGUUUACUGAGGAGGGCGAGAUGGAUAAGAAAGAUUUCCUUGCCUCAUGGAAGGAGAUUCCUUCUCAAAAUGAGGUCCAGUCCACCAUUACAAAUGUUCAGCACAAUGCUGGUAAGGGUACAGAUAAUAGGAAAUAGAUGGGGGGUAAUAUGACAAAGGUUUUUGUUAAACUAACAUCAAAUGUUUGGGAGAAUAGCUGGGCAAUGUAAGUGUAAAAAUAUUUAUCCUAUCCAUGAAACGUUUAAAUAUUUUUAAAUAUUUCGGCAGACAAAGCUGUAUAUAAUUUAUAAAAAGCAGAACAAAAAAAUGAAACGUUUAAAUAUUUUUUUGUUCUGCUUUUUAUAAAUUAUAUACGGCUUUGUCUGCCGACCACAGUUCUUUUCACUCCAUCAGUCAGGAAAUUAUUACCAUCAUAUUAUAACAAUAAAUUGAAGUGAUCUUUUCUUAAUGGGAUUGCUAUUGUAAUAUCCUAUCUUGAAGUAAAAUAUACAAAUAUCCCUUUUAAGAAAUUUUUACAUGUGUAAUGUUGUUUGUCUUAACACAUGGGUCAUCAACCAAUUGCACACUGUAGAGCAAAAAUUAAUAAUAAAUGAUUACAAAUUUUGUACUAUAAGUCAGGCUGAUGGAUAUAAGAUGAAUGAAGUAGAAAUCCUACUUGGGCACAAUAUUACCAAAAGCUUGUCAAGCUUUUUAACACAUUCAUUACAUUAUAUCAUAAUGGAUGGAAGAGCAAAUAUAAAUUGAUAUGUUAAAUUUUUUUAUAAAUACAUUUCCAAAGUAUAAAACUAUAAAAUUUAAUUAAAUAAUAAACAUUUCAAUAAUUUUAACUUUGGAUAUAGUUUUGGAUUUCACAUAAUGAUUGCAUCAGUAAUUAUCCCAAAUAGCCAUACAGGUGUGAAAUAAACCAAUGGCUCUGCUGACCAUUUCAUAUGUAUUUGGAGUAACAUGCGUGUGAAAAUUUCAUAUCUAUAUGAAAAGAAACUGUUCUCUUUUCCAUGGCUAUUUUAAACAAAAAUUUGGUCUAUUCUUUACAGAUACAGUGUCACAGAAGCUUCGUAACAACAACAUCUUCACGAUUGCCAAACGAAAUGUUGAAGGUCAAGACAUGCUGUAUCAAUCACUUUCUCUGACCAAUGGUAUCAGAGUUCUAGCUGAGCUUAAAAUUCAGCCUGGAAUGUCCAAUUUCACUGUAAGUAUCAGCACAGAAAGUGCAUGCCUCAAGCUUUAUACAUUUGUCAUCUUGAAAUCUCUUUAUUACCAGUUAAUGAUGUAAGCUUUGUUCUAACACUCAGCUUCUAAAUAUGUAUAAGUAAUUUGUACACCGGCAUUGUUUGCCUCUAGGUUAUAGCUUCAUGUUAAAUCCUCACCUUUAUCUUACCUUUAAAGAUGUUUUCAAUUUUCCUGUAACGAAGUGUAUCUUGAACUGUAUUUAUGUUCUGACUUUUCAAGAAAAAGAUCUUUUGUGUAUAUAAUGCGUGUUGAUUUGAAAAAUAAUGUAUUUGUAUUACUUUUUUUUAAAAAUCUUGUUUCCAUUUUCUAAUUGUGGCUGUAUACUAUAAGGUUUACUCAGCAAGGUGUUAAUAACUAAAAGUGCCUUUUAUUAAUACUUUUGGAACAAGACUGACUGACCAGGGGUUCUAUAGAUAUUGGCUUAGCUACAGUUAAUAUGCAAAAGGCUAUGAUUAGUUUAACCCAUAUUUAGUAGUUUGAUCUUUUUUAGAUUUGAACAGCCUGAACAAGAGCCUGUUCAAGUAUUUUGCCUGGUUUUUUAAAAAUAACAAUACUUUUUUUUUAGAAUUGAACAUUGUGGUACCGGUAUGUAGAGAAUAUUUAAGGAAUUCUUCAAAUGAGAGGAUAUCAAAUUUGUAGUAUUUCAAGUUAUAAGAAUAGGAGAGAAUACACAAGCCAUAAAUAAGGUGAAGGGAAUGUCAGCUAAUGAUGAUAUGGAUACAUUUACUUUCUGCAAAGUUGGACAACCACACAAAACUCACAUUUCUUAAGAUAUGAUAUUGGAAAUUCAACAAGAAGCAUCUUAACCACUUUCCAAUGUACAGGAUAGCAACAUGAAACUUUGUUCUUAACCAAACCUCUUGGUCCGAAUUCUUGAUCUUUGGCUUCAGCUCAAUAUAAUUUUUAAGAUUAAUAACUCUUCUUCCACAACUGCCUCAAUUUCUGAACAUUGAUUAAUCACCAUUCUGGAAUUUUAUCAAAAUUUCUAUAAAUUGCUCCGACAUAUCUGUAAGUAGCAUUUUGAGAUGGUAGCAAAAUACUUGAAGAUUACCCUUUUACUAACUUUCUAAUUCAGACAGGCAUUGAGAUCAGAAUAACUUGUGACAGACCAUAGUUUGCUUGAACAAAGUUAAUUUUUAUUAAAAGGUAGAGAUGAAUGAGACAAGUUCGAUUAGAGAACUACAACAUUUGCCAGUUUAUUUUUCUUGGUUUGGCUGCAUCGACAAAAUGGCAAAUUAUCUGCUCCUCAUUGAUGAUUGCCAGCAUGCUUAAACCCCACUGUCAUUUCAGCAUUGAGUACAACAACUCAACCACUGUCAGGCCUGUGGCUAGCCGACCAAAUGAGAAAAUUAUAUGAGUACCGUUGGACACAUGCAUUACCAACAUUUUUUUUCAUUCCAGCUGUCAUUGAAGUCUCGGGUGGAGGACAUCUGUCCCUUCAUUCAGCAAUCUUUUGAUACUAUUCUACACAACUGAACUCGGAUGAACUUGGCAGUCAGCCAUUCUGAAAAAGGUCCUUAGCUAGAUUACAAUACUAUGGAGAAGUACUCUCCUCUGUGUUAUAUGGCUGCCCUUUAAAGCUGUACAUUGCACUGUACACUUUGUUUAUUUUUAAUUACCCUAUACUUAGAGCUUAUAAGUUUUGAUUUGAUGUUUAGACUUGUUUAAAAAUUAGGUCACAUCUAAGGACCCUUUUCAUCAGCAUGUAGUGCACAGGCAUUUAAUUGGCUGUAUAUCACUUUAUUUUGUAAAACUUAAUUUGAUAAAAAAAAAAUAAGACACUAUUAGAUUUUUCUCAUCUAUUUUGACCCAUCCUAAUUUUGGUUUGAAUUUGCUUGGAUUUGUGGGGAGAUGUCAUAUGUUGUCGUUUUUAAACUUAAAUAUAUCUUAGACUUGAAUAGGGAAAAAACGUUUUUUUUUAUUUUUGUAUGUCAUGUUACCAUAUUUACUCUUUAAAUUAAAUUCCACAUCUUUUAUACCAUGUAAGCAUGUUUUCUGAAAAAUACUAAUUUAAAAAAUCCAAGUUUUGUUUAAAUCUAAAUAUUUUGUAGCAUGUUUUUAAAAUGUAUGCCUCUAAGUUUAAAAAAAAAUGUGUUUAAUUUUAUUCACAUUCUUAAAUGUUUAAUAAUGCAUAUUUGUAGUAUUUUUUUAAUGUGUUUAUCCAUCAUAUGUUUAAUAUUACAACUGAUCAUAGUAGAUGACAGUAUUCAGUUUUUAAAAGUGAUAGCAAUAUUGAACCAAUGAAAAGAAGGAAAUGCAAAUUUUCUUAUGUCAUUACAGACUAAUGCAACAAAAGUCAAGAAUUGCAAAAACAACCAUCAAUAAUUUCCAGUUGUUAAAUUUCUGUUUCACCUCCUUUAUAGACAUAAUACUAUAAUAUCCACAGAAACUUACCAUACGGUUUUAAUAAUUUUAUAAAAAAAAGACUUAUACCAGUCCCUAGGAAUAUGAAAAGGAUUAACAUGUUCACAGUAUUUCCUGACCACUGCACCAUCCUCCCACCCCCAUUCAAUUGCUAAAUCUAUGUACAUAAUGUGUUUAAUCUAUCUUGUAAUUUCUCUUCCAUCCAGCUGUCCCUCAAGUCCAGAGUGAUGGACAUUUAUCCAUUCAUUCAACAAGCUUUCGAUACCAUUCUUCAUAACUGAGAUGACAUCACUGCAUCAAAGAAACUGAUAAUAAUAAUAUUCAUCAUAAUUCUAUGUUAAAUGUCUUGUGUACUUGGUAGUGGAGAAGUUAACAGAUUAAUGUUCUAGAAAUAUUGAAAGCAUUUAAAUUAUUCUAGCAAGUUUUCAUUAUGUGUUUAUAUUGCAUGUGCCAAAUACAGCACUAAGAUGUAGAUGGCUGGUUGGAUCAGAGUUAAAGGUUAUGGUAGGAAGUAUUGCACCCAAGUACAGGAACCAAUUAUUGGUUAUUUAAAAUAAUUUGAUCAGAGUUUGCGAGUAAAUUUGUCUUCUGUGUCAAAAUAUAGUCCUUAUCUUUAAAAAUAAAUCUUUGUUUUCAUCAAACUUUCUUUUUUUUAUUAAAAAAAAACAACACAUUUUCUUAGGACAUUCCUUUUAUUACCAUUUUUUUCAUAAUUUUCCAAUUAUCACUUAUGCCUUAUCGCAUAGUCCACUGCUAAGCAUAGACUAUAUUAUAAGUAACUUAUUUUUAAUUGCAUUUGUUAAUGAAAUGGUUGUAUUAAUCCCUUUUCCCAUAAUAAAUAGGUUAUUAAUAAUGUUGUCUGUUGCUGUCUGCUUAUUUGAAUUAGUUUUAUAAUUAACAAUUUUAGAUAAAUCAUAUAUUUCGAAUUGAUGUUUAUCACUAUGUCAGGUUUUUAAAAAAAUGAUUUGUCUUUCUAACAAUCAUUAUUUACACACUUCAAGAGCAACCUAGUUUGGAUAGAUCAAUCAGUGGCUAGGCCCCGGGUCUAAAACCUUUACAUGGCAAAGAGCCAAAUAUUAAAUUUUGAUCUAGUAGCCAAGAGCUUCAUGAGAAAGAUAAAAGAGCUUUAGGUUCCCGACCACCGGGCCAGGUAAACCAAGCAAUUCCUAGAUCAGCUUCACAUGGUUGUAUGCUGCAUUGGUAUUAUAUUAUUUUAUAUAAAGAUUGAUUUAAUUUUUAAAAAUACAUGUCAAUGUUGACAAAUUUGGAGAACAAAGGCAAAAUAAAUAUUGGAUUAGCAUGUUUAAAAAAAAAUAUUCUUGACCAAUCAAGUCUCUUGUCAAACAAGAAAAUCUCAACAAAAAUAUAAUAAUGAUUGUUCAAGUGUAUUAGUUAUUUCAUUUAAGUCAGAAACUCUGUUACAUACAAAAAUAUUUUGAUCAAAUGACACAAUUUAGUCUAACAUUUGAUCAAUUUAUCCAUUGGCUUUUUGGAGAC